AUGUUGACGGCUCUUUGCCGCACAAUGCCCGCAACUCAUAUACACAUUGUCUCGCUUGCUUCUGAUGGCGAGUCUCGCCAUGCCAAGGUCCUCAUCAACCUAUGCUAUCGCUACCAGCUCAGUCCCAAUUCCCCCAUCUAUGAACACCUCUCUGGGCUCGAGCUUAGGGAUCUAUACGUCAGAGAGGAUGAUUUGACAGCAGACAAGGACGGCAAACAUGUCUUCAAACGCUGUCGCAAUCCUUUUUUGUCCGUCCUGAAGUCUAUCCUUGUACACGGUGUCUGCAUCACAUCGUCUCAACUAUGUCUCCAUCUCUUGGACAGCGGAAAGUCGCCCGAGCAUGUCAACUCCGUUCUCAACCCUUCCGACAAACACGACAUUCUCCUGGCUUUCUGUCUUCUCAAAGACAUGUGGACCUUACCUGCAGCUAAUCCCUUGUCACAUCCUGCCUCUUACAUUGCAACUCGUGAAGCCAUUUGCACAUAUGGGGAAAUGUGCUACCAUCUCAUAUUCCCAUACAUCUGCACCAAUCUUUCUCUGGAUGAGCAAUUAGAACACCUCAGUGCCGGCGUGCAUCUGGCUGUUGCUCUAUUUGCUGAUCAGAAGGUUCGGACGGACUUCCUGGGCAUAGUGCUGAUCGUCAACAUCAUUCUCAUGGUAAAGAAUGUCUACUUUUGUGUCGCCAAGGCAAAGGCAGACCUUCCAAAUGAGCCAUUCUUCAUCAUACUACUCGGUACCGACAGCUUGGAAUCCCUCUUUGGCAUACUGUGUACUAUGGUUGGCAAUGAUGCUAACCUUGACGUGCUUCAGCUUGGUCUUUGUGUUACCAACACCACUGAAGUUGCCACCAUUCUUGCCAUGCAUCCCGAAUGGGGUAAAGGCCCACGCCGCCUUCACCUUCCUCAUGUCGACUGCGAAGCACGGACCCUACCUGAUAAUGCCGAUCACAUUGGACCCAGCUCUUUUUACCCUGACUGA